CUUUAAUGUAGGUUUAUUUUCGGUGCUGAUAGUUGUGAUUUAAAUACAGUUUAAUCUGAUAAAACACAACUUAAAAUGGUGGUAAUUAUUUUCUUGUUGAUCAACUAAUUGAUAACUGCCUGAGUCCUAAUAUAAAGAUAUAUCUGUACACACAGACUGCGGGUUAUAUCCCCACACCUAAAACUAUACUGAAAAUACUGUAUAUGUGUGUACACACAAAUAUUGUGCUUUUAAAUUGUUCAUAUUGUUUUAUUGUAAGCCUGGUUUGUGCCUUCAGUUCGCCCUCAUUCAACCGAUUCGCCUCAUUUCCCACGUUUCAGGCAGUCCGUGAAGGCAGCAUCCUGCUCAUCCCGGGUGAACGGCGUCACAGCCGCGAUGUGUCAUUUCGACGGAUAAAUUACCGACCGUUAGUCCCAUCCCGUCUCCCCGGUGCCGUUCCCGUGGCCAGGAUAAUGACCGAGGCCGACCGUUAGCCUGAAUAUCCCGGUUCGUGUCACACCGAUGAGAACAGCUCGUCUUUAAUUCGAGUGUUUUAAACCCAGGACCGGUGAUGGUGUUUCCAGCGGGCAACAUGUCCCUCAUCGCGGUGACUUUGGCGCUGCUCGCCAUCGUCCUCUGCGCUUCUCACGUCAGUGGAAACGAGGACUGUCUGUGGUACGUGGAUAAAAACGGCACCUGGCACAACGGCUUCGACUGCCCGCUCAUCACCUUCUGCUGUGGGAACUGCCACCGGCGCUACUGCUGUCUGGACGCCUUCAAGAUGAUCACAGAGAGGGAGCAGAAACGCUGCAUGCUCUUCCAGUUCAGUCCCACCACUUUAGCAGGCAUCGCCUCCUCCAUCCUGCUGUUUGUGGCCAUCAUUGCCACCAUGGUGUGCUGCUUCAUGUGCUCCUGCUGUUACCUCUACCAGAGACGGCAGCAGAGGGGCAGGACACCUUAUGAUGCCCAGCAGAUCCCCAUGGCCAGCUACCCAGUGGAGCCCAUGUACGAUGCCUACGGGAAACCGCUGGGACCCUCUGAGUAUCCACAUCCAGGUUACCCAAUGGCGCCCCAGUACCCUGGUAUGCCCCCUCAGUACCCGAUGAUGCAGCCUGGACCGUAUCCACCACACCCGAUGGAUCCUGCAUACAGCCAGGCUCCUCCACCUUACUCUCCACCUCAGUAUCCUGGCCACUGAUGGGCUCAUCUCCACACACACACACACACACACACACACACACACACACACAGUGGGAAACAACAGCAGCUGAGAGAAAAGACUGUUUCUAAAGGAGAAGGCAGCGACACUCUCUCACACACUUAAAUAAACACGACAGGCUGAGUGGUGGUUUACCUGUGGAAGGAGGAGGAGGAGGUA